AUGCAAUUAUCUUAAUCAUUUAUAAAAACAGAUAAAAAGUGUGACAGACAACAUGAUGAGGGAGCAGAUAGGUUGAUAGCCAUUUGCUUGAACCCUCAUUGUGAUAAACGGUUGAUGUGUUGCUUCUGUUAUCACGACUAUCAUUGUGAGCACGUAAAGGAUGUUAAGACAAUUGCACAAGUUUAAUAAUUGUGUAAAGAUUCAAUUGCAAAAUUCGAUAAGUUGCAGCUCACUAUUAUCUUGUAGUAAAAGGCCGAUUAGUUUAAGUCAAUUGUUUAGAAUAUCAAUGAAGAAUUGGAGAGAUUGCUAUAGUAUUAUAUUCAUGAUAUACAAUAAUUGUAUUAGAUGUUGGAGGACUUGGCAGAUAGUUUUGUGAUUUUGCAAUCAGGUAAUAUCAAUCAAUUUACAAAUGAAUAAUGUGAAUUACUAUCAACAUUUCAUGAUGAGAGAAUCCUAGAUAAUAUUGAAGAUAUUUCUAAUUUUAUUGGAUAGAAAAUGGGAAUAUAAGAUUUGCUUAAAAUUAGCAAUGAUCUACAUGAGAAAUUAAUGAUGCUGGAAACGAAUGAGAUAUUUGAAAAGAAUAUUUACAAUGAACAAUUGAAAAAGUUUGUGUAAUCACAUGAGAUUAAAUUUGACUGGAUUUAACCUGAGUUUCUAUUGACUAGGAGUCCUGAAAUAGCCAAAAUAGUCUAUCCAAAUGAAGAUUUCUACAUUGGCGAAGUCAAAGGAGACAAGAAGUUUGGUAGAGGAUUGUUAUUUAAUAAAAUUGCGCAGACAUAUUAAUAUGGUGUAUUUAGAGAGGAUAAUUUUGUUUGGGGUCAACAAUUGAUGGUUGAUUAGAAAAAGCGUUACUGGAUUAAAUAGGGCAAAUGGGUGAAUGGGAAAAUAGAAGGCAGAGGGAUUCACGCCUUGUUCAAAGGAGAGUACUAUCAAGGAGAUCUAAGAAGUGAUAUAAGAGAUGGGUUUGGAAUAAUGAGGUACACUUCAGGGGACGAAUAUCAAGGACAAUGGAAAAUGGGACAAUUUCAUGGUAAGGGAUUGUACAAAUAUGCAACUGGAGAUGAAUAUGAAGGAGAUUACGUGCAGGAUAGAAAGGAAGGCAUAGGAUCAUAUCAAUACAAAAAUGGAGAACUUUAUGUUGGGUAAUUUAAGGCUGGUUUGAGACAUGGUAGUGCUAUAGUAAAAUUUCCGAAUGGAGAAAUAUAUACAGGAGAAUAUGUGAAUGAUAAGAAGGAAGGGCCUGGAGUGUACAAAUAUAUAAAUGAUAACAUUUUUGAAGGAAAUUACAAGGAUGGACAAAGACAUGGGUAAGGGAUAUUCACUGAUGUGGAGAAUAAGACAAGAGAGAUUGGGGAGUAUGUUUAGGGUAAGUAACAUGGAGAACACAUGGUUUUUAAGUUGUUGAAAGAUAAGCCAUAUUGUAUAAAUGUUUACGAUAAUGGAAAUCUAGUUAAUACAAAGUCAUUAUGA